UUUAUACACACCUAUAUACCUACAUACACUUCGGUCUUUAGAACAAAGACAUCUCUCUUUUGACUGAUAAAUAUCCAUUUGGAUUAGCACAUCUGAAGUUUAUUGGGAAAAUUAAACUUCUAAUGCAAAAAUUAAGGGUUUAAAAUGAUGAAAUCUUCUUAGCCCAUAUGGAGAUAAAAAGUGGAAGUAAAAGUGUAGAUACACGUUCAGAAAAUGAAAAUUGUUUUGUUCCCUAUUUAAAAGCCAUGCACAGAAAGGAUGACUUCAGAGAACCCAGAGUCACCCAGACCCCAGCUCAGCCAGGGCUGCAGAAGCCUCACUUCCCAAUGGCCCUCCUGCUCCCCCUACUGACGGCCCUGGUGAUGUGCAGCUGUGGCCCUCUUGGGUCUCUGGGCUGUGACCUGCCUAUGAAACAUGGCUUGCUUAGCAGGAAGACCUUGGUGGUUCUGAGACAAAUGAGAAGAGUAUCCACUUCCUUGUGUCUGGAGGACAGAAACGACUUCGGAUUCCCCCGGGAGAUGGUGAACGGCAGACAGUUGCAGAAGGCCCAGGCCGUGUCUGUCCUCCACGAGAUGCUACAGGAGAUCUUCAACCUCUUCCACACACAGCGCUCCUCUGCUGCCUGGGACACCACCCUCCUGGUCAAGCUGCGCACUGGACUCCACCAGCAGCUGGAACACCUGGAGACCUGCUUGGAGCAGGCGAUGGCGGACGAAGACUCUGCCAGGGUGAUCGAUAACGCUACACUGGCGUUGUGGAGGUACUUCUGGAGAAUUCGUCUCUACCUGCGAGAGAAGAACUACAGUGACUGCGCCUGGGAAAUUGUCAGAGUGGAAGUCAUGAGCUCCUUCUCUUCUUCAACGAACUUGCAGGGAAAGUUAAGAAGCAAGGAUGGAGACCUGGGGUCACCUUGAAAUGGUUCUCAUUGACUAAGCUGCCUUAUCACGCUUGCAGAUAUUGGAUAUUGCAAAAGACUCUCAUUUGUGAUUUGGUCACUGAAUGUAUUAAGUUCAGCAAAUACUUUGUCAGAAUAUUAAGCAAGUAUAUGUUAAGAACAUUCAGCUUUAGGGGCA